AUGACUGAGAUAGCUCGAGUUGUAGCCAAUGCAGCUUCAGUGGCAGCAGAAGCAGCAAGAGCAGCACAGGCAACUUCGAGUGGAGAGCGCAAAAAGGAUCUCUACCGCCUCAUUCCUCGACCACCAACUUUUGCACCAAGUGAUAGGGAUCAAGAAGUCAGCCAAUGGAGAGACUGGUACUGGGCUUUCAAGCAGUAUCUUUUGGUGGUUGAUGGAAAAUAUGAGGAUGACAUAGCCUAUGUGGAGCGCGCCACCGAGGAGGUGGACUGGGAUCUACUUGAUUCAGAUGAACAACACAGAGCACGCUUCAUGUACUCCUUGCUCAGCACGCUCUUGCAGGGACGCUUGUUGAGUUUGGUCAGGGGGAUCGAGAAAAGCAAUGGAAUGGAGGCACUUCGACAGCUUCUACAAAACUGUCAACCUCGUGCAAGGAAUCGAACCAUGGCCAUGUUGCAAAGUUUGAUGAGUUACCCUGCCUUCAACAUGAAGGGCAGUGUCAUGGCUCAGGUGGUUAGAAUGGAGGAGCACUUCAACCAGUUUGAAAAGAUGGGUGGAAAACUCACUGAUGAGAUGAAAGCUGCGGUCCUGCUCAAGUGCAUUUCAGGGCCUUUGAAGAUUCAUUUGAACCUUUCUUUGAACGAGUCUUCGAGCUAUGCAAAGAUUCGUGAAGUCAUUCAGGCCUAUGACACAGCAGGUGGUGGACUUGCAGUGAAAAGAGUUUCAGUUUGCCCUGGUGAUGGUGAAGCGAGUGAAUCUCCCGUGGUCUUUGAUCUGAGGAGCUCUUCGUCUUCAAGCUGGAACUACGUGCGUAUGGUGAAGUUUUUCUACAUCGAUGAGGAGCUGGAGGAGCCAGUUUCUUUGAGGAGUGCAACAGUCAUGGACAACAAGGUGGAGAAGUACGAGGUGGAUGGAGGUGAAGUCAGCAUCAUCAUUGACUCAGGUCUUCAAGCCUAUGUGGAUCAUGCCUUUGGAUGGAGCAAAGAAGGUGAACGAUGGGUUGGAAUCCAUCUCAGCUCCAAGUACCAGAACCCGCUCUUCAUCCCCAACUUGGACUACAACAUCGAAUGGUUUCGAACUACGCUCAUCAAGAAGGACCAGACUUGGAUCAUGGUGGAGUUCUGCGAGAAGGUUUCUGAGAUGCUGGAUCCAGAGCUCUACAUCGAUGAGACAGCUGGACGAACAACAGUUGUUACCUUCUUGACAGAUGGCUUUGAGGAUGUGGAGAACAUGGGUUUUCAAGUUGAAGGUGGAGCUGAUCGAGAAGAACUGGAAUUGCUGGAAGGCGAGAUUCAGCCCUACUACGACAUCCCCAUGGACGAGGAGUUGGAACAGCGUGAAGUUGCUGAAGCUCAACUACAACCUGGACAUCGAGAACAAGCUGGUGAUGAUCAACAUGGAGAACCUCCCUUGGAUGCUGGUGGACAAGAUCUACAUCGAGGUCAACUACAACCUCAAGUUCCUCAAGAAGGUCACAUCGUGGUCGGAGAGGUUAUCCCUGCUGAGAUCGAAGUGAAUGGGCAGGUGCUUUCAGCUUCGAGCACUUUGGCAACUUUGAGAGCUGCAUGUGGGUUCUAUGGUGUGAGCAAAACUGGGUCAAAAGCCAAGUGUUACAGGCGUUUGUGCCAACACCAGAAGACACUUGAACUUUUGGCUGCAACAGCUGCUGUAGCUCAAGCAGAGGGAGUGGUUGAACGACAUCCCAAUGCUCAAGCUCUUGCAAGAGUUCCUGAUGCACGUGAACGUGAACUUCAUGCUCUCACCCACACACCAUAUGCUCCUUGGUGCUCGUCAUGCCUGAAGCAUCGUGCCAGACCAGAUCAACAUCGUCGCACUGGUGAAGCUCAUGACACUCCAGUGCCAGUGGUUUCCAUGGACUUUGCAGUCACCAAGAAGAAGGAUGGGCUAGCAGAAAACCCAGAAGGAGCAGCUGAAGAUAAGGGAGCUCUAUGGCUUGUGCUCACUGACAGCCACACGGGCUACCUUGGAGUGAUCCCCAUCCAGUCCAAGGGCCAGAUCAACUACAUGACUCACGAGGUGCUUAGCUUUGUCCAGAGUUUGGGAUAUGCUGAAGUUGGUUUUUACGGUGACAACGAACCCACAAUUCGGCAGAUCCUCAGAACAAUCAUCACCUCACGACAUGCUCUUGGUUUGAAAACAAGGAUCUACACCACGAAGGUGAAGGACUCAGCUGGAAAUGCCCUGGUGGAAAAUAGCAUUCAAAGGAUUCGACAAUUGGCAUGUACCCUUGUUGAAGAUGUUUGCGAGCGCACUGGACUUGUUUUUCCGUGUGAACAUGCUUUGUGGAGCUGGGCUGGACGGCAUGCUGCAUGGUGUCUAAACCGUUUUCAGGUUGGGAAGUCACUGACUGCCUAUGAAGUGACUCAUGGAAAAAGAUAUGGAGGAAAGACAGCUUGCUUUGCUGAGCCGGUCUAUGCCUACUGCAAGGGUCGUGGAAAAGCUGAUGCCAAAUGGCGAGUUGGUUUGAUGCUUGGAAAGACGGAAGCUCAAGACGCAUGGAUCAUCGGUGAUGGUGUUGAUGUGAUGCUUAGCCGAAGCAUUCGAAGAGUUGAUCAACCUUGGAACCGUUUUCUGGCUUACUACAUGGGACUCCAAACACAUAGUUAUGUCUACCAGACUAACUUUGGGGGAAGGAUCGUGCCAACAAAAAGGAAAGUUGUUCCUCAACGACAAGAAGGCAGACUAUUGCCUAAGAUGAGUGAGGUUGAAAGAAGGUUUGCAGAUGAAGAAGCACGAGCUGUUUUGGAAUAUGCCAGAUCUCGCGAAGGUCGUCUUGAAGCUCAACGUGAAGUUCAAGAAGCUUUGGAUGCUCUACCAGAACAAGUUCCUCCUGGAGUUGCAGUACGAGUUGAAGAUCCACCUGGUGAACCACAACCUCCUGGACAAGAAGGCCAAGCACUACCUUCAGUGCCCUCUCAACCAAUCAAUGCGCCACUUCUUGCACAACCCUCUUCACCAAGAACGGCUUCGAUGAAACAACCUGAUGUUGGACGUGGAGAACUUGGUGAGGAGGAGCCUUCAACAAAGAGAACACGACAUGAGGAGAAUGUUGCAAGAAGAAUUGAAAUGGUGGAGCGAAGAUUGGUGGAAGUGAACAUUGGUGAGGAUCAGUUCUAUCACCUGGACAAUGUCAUCGACCAGGACUUUGUCAACGCCUUUGAGUCCGAGGACAUGGAGGUGGAUGAGAAGGUUGCCAUGGAUGUGAAUGCGAUGGAAAAGCUUUGGUCAGAUGAUGCUCUCACACGAGUUCCUCAAGAUCCAGAUCCUGAAGUUGAUCGUCUUGCAGAUAUGGUUGAACUUCAACGACUCCAAGACAUGGGAGUGAUCAAGGUGCUCACUGCUGAGGACUCUGGUCUGAGUUCACUUACGACAAGAAUGGUGUAUGACUGGAGGAUCAAAGAAUGGAAGAACCCUCAGACAGGUGAGAUAAGGCGACGUUGGAUGAGGAGAGCACGUUUGGUUGCACGAGAAUAUGCACGUUUGGUUGACAGAGAUCAGCUGCAGAUUGGGUCGCUGGACGUGAAGGAUGCAUUUCUCAUGGCCAACCAAGAACAACCAGUUCAGAUUGGCACCAAGAAUGGCAAGUUCAAAGUGCUGAAAAACCUUCCUGGGCAGCGCAUGGCUGCAAAAGCAUGGUAUGAAUACAUUGCUACGUUUUUGGAAAAGAAAGGCAUUAAGUAG